AUGAAAGUCCGGACUAUGUCAAUUAGCGAUGUUUUCCACGUGAAAGAGUGCAACAGAAGAAACCUGCCCGAGAACUACCACAUUAUGUUCCUUCUCUACAUGAUAACGAUGUACGAAGAGUGCUGCUUUGUGGCAGAAAACAACAAAGGCGACAUCAUCGGGUACUCAAUUACAAAAUUAAAAGACCACAUUGAGAAAGACGAGAAAAUAAGCACAGAUGACGUUUCAGGGUACAUCAUGUCUGUGGCAGUUGAUGAGGCGUACAGAAACAGAGGGCUUGGGAAGAUCCUUCUGGCAGCCUCUCUGCACGGCGUGGUCAGAAAGCUUAGAUCCCGCAAGAUAGGCGCAUUCAAGGUGUAUCUUAAUGUGAGAGUGUCCAAUACCUCUGCGAUAGACAUGUACAAGAACACUUUUAAAUUUUCAGAGGAGGGCGAGGACGCAGACUACUACUCAAAUGGAGAAAGCGCCCUUUUGAUGAGCAGAGUUUUUAAUUCCAAUGAGAGUGAGCGAACUUCAGAAGGGAAAUGCGCUGAUCAGAUGGAUACGAAGGAUAAACAUAGAGUAUAG